AUGCCGUGUUCGUACAACAAGAACUCGGGGGUGAGGUCUCCUGGAUGUCCAUCUCUAGCCGUCCCUGUUUUUGACAACCCUGGUAGCACACACCUCAACGUUCGACGGACGCAGGCCCGGCCACCUCCCAGCCGCAGCAUAUCCCAGGAUGACGAAAUGAACCGAGGCCAAGUAGUCAAGGCAAUUUCCUACGGCAUCUCAUCACUUGAACCUGUUGAUGAUAUGUCAGCGAUGCCGCCUUUCCUAUCAAUGGAUAGCAGUCCUGGUUUUCCCUGUGAUAUGAAUCAUCUGGUUUCGCUACCAUUUGUCCCAACAGUACCAGACAAUCCUAUUCCAGCGGCUAACGUCCCUUUUGCGUCCUACCAGUUUCUGAGGCUUACGCGUCUCAGCGAGUUACCAUUUGAAGAUGUAAGUUUCCUGGAGCUGAAAGGGUGUUUCCGUGUUCCCGAGUCGCCUUAUCUCGACAUCUUUAUCACGAAAUACUUCCUGUACGUCCAUCCUUGUCUUCCAGUCAUAGAUGAGGCAGAGUUUUGGAGGAUGUACCGCCCAAAGAACUCCGAUUAUCUAUCCGGCAAGAAAAUGUCGCUUUUUGUGCUCCAGGCAAUGCUGUUUGCCAGCUCUGUAUUUGUCCCUGGUCAUAUCCUCAACGCGGUGGGAUUCCACGACAUGAGGGCGGCUCGGACCGCACUCUACCAGAGAGCUAAGCUCUUGUUUGAUUUUGAUACUGAGAUUGAGGUCCUGCCAAGGGCACAGGGUGCACUUCUUCUCACAUUUCAGACCACGGCUUUGGACUUCUUUUCUGGUACACGCUGGCUCUCAGUAGCAACGCAGCUGGCUAAGUCAAUUGAAGCCGAUCUUUUCAGUCAUGACCCUAAACGCAACUACGAGACAGUGGCCAGAAAACGGUUAUGGUGGUGCAUCAUUCUUCGAGAUAGGGUCCACUCUUUAGCCCUAAGGCGCCCAACCCAGGUCAGCCUGGAAAGAGGUGGGAUUCCGACCAAAUAUUUGGAUGAGAUAGACUUGGCGGCAGCUGUGGCACAUGUGGCCCUCCCACUUCUACUCAGCACCAUCGAUUCGGGGUUUUCUUCGACCCGUCUGCAACGGGCCGGUCGGCGCCGCCAGCUACACUUUUACCAGGAGGUGAUGCGAGUACUUGGAUCUCGCUACGAAGCUGCUGAUAAAGUCUGCGCUUUCAUCGACAGCGCUCUCUCCUUUUCCGGUGCAAAACUCGGUCUCGACUUUACACCUGGUGGGAAUGAACUCCUUCGCAACGACGAAUAUAUCGAAGACCUCAGCGAUGAUGAUGAGGGCAAUCCUCUGGCCCAGCCCAGACCAGCGGCAGGAAGCCGAUUCAAGAACGUCUGCGAAUACUUUGCACGCCAACCUCGUUCCUAUCUCCGCUUGUCUUUGACGUUAGAUUAUGCGCUUUAUAGAGGCCAGUAUCCACAUCAAAGUGAUAUUGAACGGCUGUGGAGCGAUUUACAGCUUGUAGACUCCCAACAGCCAUCUGGUCUGCCUGUCCCGCCAGUUUCGCAAUGUGCAACUUCCUGGACCUUGACCGAUCACCAAAUACAAAGAGACGUGGAAUUGGAUCUUCUUGAGACUCAUGGUUCAUACCCGGAAAAAGACAUUGGCUUUGAUGACUUUGGGGAUGGGCUUGGACCCUCGAACAUGGAAUAUGUGGCGAACGGCUUCAUUUCCCCCGCAAGUCUUAUUAUAAUGAACACCCCGCUCCAAUAA